GGCUUGGCAGCUGUCAGUCAGUUGACUGUCAAAGAUUUAUUCUUUUUUUAUAAUGUGACGAAUUGAAACUAAAUAGUUAGUUCGAUAGUUCCUGAAACGUUUUUUUUCAAAAAUAAACAGUAAAGGGAAAAUAGACAGACUGUACACGUGACUUCAUCCAUAGGUCCCAAAUUGAUCCUGAAUAAUUUGCUGAAUUCCUGAAAGAAUCGAAAUAAAAAGUAACCUAUGUUAUACUUAUUCCUUAUAAUAUGAGAAAGAUGGAGUUAAAACAAAGUGUAUUAUUUUAGUGGAAAUUAUAACCAACAAAUGAACAACAAAACCAAUUGCGCAAACGAAUCAUACUACGGUCUGACAAAAUUAAUAUCAAACACAAACUAAGAUGUCAAGACUUGGUGCCUUACAUUUGACCCAAUGUACUGGGCAGAAACACACAGGAACAGUUAUCUUUUUCCAUGGUUCAGGAUCCUGUGGUGCUGAUAUGAAAGAAUGGGUGAGACUCAUGGUGGCAAAUUUUUCAUUUCCACAUAUUAAAGUAUUGUAUCCAACUGCACCACUGCAGGCGUACACUCCUGCAGGUGGACAAAUGAGUAAUGUUUGGUUUGAUCGGGCUGAUAUAAAUAUUAAUGUGCCAGAAAAGUUGCAAUCAAUAGCACAAAUAGAAACAGAAGUAAAAAAUCUCAUAAAAAAAGAAAAUGAUGCUGGAAUUCCUAGUAACAGGAUAAUAAUUGGUGGUUUUUCAAUGGGUGGUGCACUUGCUUUGCAUUCUGCUUAUAGAUGGGAUCGUAACAUAGCUGCAGCAUUUGCCUUCAGCUCAUUUUUAAAUGAUAAUUCAUGUGUGUAUGAUGAAGUCAAACAAGCAAAAGGAAUAAAAUUGCCACCUUUACUUCAAAUACACGGUGAUAUUGAUGACUUGGUAGAUUUAUCAUGGGCGAAGGAUACGUUUAAUUUACUUAAGGAACAUGGUGUGCAAGGAGAGUUCCAUAUAAUGGAGAGAUUGGGACACUCGUUAAACAGACGAGGAGUCAGGCUCAUCAAGGAUUGGAUUGAGAAACAUUUACCAGAGAUAUGAAAAGUUUUACUGAGGCUACAAAUCACAUCAACCAACAUAUACACUCAGAGAGGUGGUUAAGAUACCAAACUACAAUCAUUACGUUUAUAUGAAAUAUGUCAUAUAUCAUACAUACCUUUGUAAUCUAUAUUAUGUUAUGUAAAGUUAUAUCUCAGUUCCUAGUAAAGGUAAAUCAGUUGUUGUUGUUGUAUGUAGAUAUUUUUAUAUUUAGCCAUUACAUUAUAGACACUUA